AUGUGCGCUGCGGCGCUGCCCCCGUGCGAGGUCUCGAGCUCCGGGCGCCCGAUCUUCCUCUCCGGCGAGACCGAGCUGUACAUCGCCGAGGCCGAUCUCACCGUCGCCCUCGGCGGCGCGAGCAAACCGAGCAGCACCUACGCCAAGGGAACUGCGUACGCGACGUCGCACCGCCUCGUCUGGGUGGGCCGCGAGUCCCCGCCGCGGUCCGCUGCAAUCGAUCUCAAGCACGUCGCGGCGUGCACGUACGCCCGCGUCCUCGGGCUCGGCGGCAAGGUCAAGGUGGAGCUGUUGCCCAGCAGCUCGCUGCUCCCGGGCGCUGACAUGGCCAAGGUGCGGGUGUUGACGCGAACGUGGCGGUCCGCCGACGCCCUCGCAAACAACCUAACUCGAGCGCUGGAGAACGGCGCCUGGAAGGCCGAGGCGGCGCAGGACGGGCCGGCCAAGCCAGAGGCCCGCGGCCCCGAAGUCGACGCUCUAGCGGCCAUGGGGUUCCCCCGGGCGGCAGCUGCGUCCGCGCUCGCGCGAGCGGGCACCGUCGACAAGGCAGUGGACCUGCUUCUGAACCAGGAGGCCGCGCCACCAGCCCCUCCACGGUCCACGCCUGCAGGUCCAAUGCCGACCGGUCUCGAGCGGCUGCGUGCGCGCGAGGAGCAGCAGCGGCGGGAAACGUCGCAGGCGCUGGGUGCGGCAAUGACCGAUCUCAACGCCCUGAUGGCGCGCGCGCGCGACAUCGUGGGCAUCGUCGAGUCCCUGAGCAAGGCGGUCGGGCCCAGCGCCGGCGGCGAGGGCCUCAGCGCGGGCGAGCAUGAGGUCAUGCGGUCGGCCGUCGUCGAAAUGGGCAUUGUGUCACCGGUGACGCGCGAGGCCGCCGGGGCGCUCUUCGAGCAGCAGCUCGCGCGGGAGCUGUACGACUUCCUCUGCGGGGACGGCGGGGCGCGCGGGGGGCUCCUCCGGCAGGCCGGCGGGCUCGUGCCGUUGACAGAAGCAUGGUACUACUUCAACAGGGCGCGCGGGCAAGAGAUGGUGUCCCCCCAGGACAUGAAGGAUGCGUUUCGUGCGAUGGCGAAGCUGAACUUGGACGCGCGGCUGGUGCGGUUCGAGGGGGGCGUGCUGAUGGUGGAGGGCGGGGGCGUGACGCACGGCGCGCUGAGCGAGCGGGCGGCGAACAUGGCGCUGGACGCGUGGGCAGGGCGCGAGGGGAAGCCGCGCGGGGUGGGGGCGCCGGCGGUGGCGGCGGCGCUGUCCGUGGGGCAGGAGGUGGCGCGGAGGCUGCUGGAGCACGCGGAGGCGCAGGGGCUGCUGUGCCGCGACGACGGGCUCGAAGGCACGACCUACUUUGCAAACAUCUUCCCCGAGGUGGGGGAGGCGCAGUGA